AAGACGGUGUUGGGAUGGGGGAGUGGGAGGAGACUGUGAGAGAGUGAAAGCUAUAAAAGUGAGGGAGAGAUGGGAGUUUUGAAUGGUCCAAACAGCAGGCACGCGUGUUGAUAUUGGGGCCUUAACCACCGGUCAGCCGCCCUGGUGGAGAGAGAGGCGAAGAGCACAGAGUCUUGAGAGUGUGUGAAAGCAGGAGAGGGGAGAGAGAAGGGAGGGAAGACCAAAAAAGGGUUUGCUAGAAAGAGGAAUAAAGCUGUGCGUCUCUCGCUUUCCCUCUCUGCAACAGCAAGAAGUUUUCGAGGAGAGAGAGAGAGGAUUUAUGUCGUCUGGAUUUAGGCUGUUGACUGGAGCUCCAAGGAAGCUCUGGAUUUCUUCUGAGUCUCUGUUGCUCUGUAUGCAAACUUGUCCUCUUCAUCAGAGGAAGAUUCAGCGUUCACCAGUUUCUUCCAUGCGAUUAAGGUCAAAAAGGAGUUGGUGCUUUGGGGCUCUCAUCAUAAAACACUUCCUCUUUUGUGUGUUGAGUUUUGGGGUUUUGGGGUUGUCUUGAUUGAGAGAAUCUUCCUAAGAUUUGCUUCAAUUUUCCUUUCAUUUCUUUUGUGGGUGGUUUUGGGCUUUAGGGGUUUUUGGGGUUUUGGGAUUUUUAUACAUUUUUUUCGCGAAAAUGCCAGGGUUUAGCAGGCAAUUCUUGAUGGAUCAAGAUAUGAUGAAUAAGAAACCGAACACAAAGAAACCUAGCAUGUUAGAGGUUUCACAGCCGAUGAGGAGAGUUCGAGUCACUUACUGUGAUCCCGAUGCCACCGAUUCUUCCAGUGAAGAUGAAGAAUACAAUGGCAAGAAGAAGCAAUUGCUGAGAUCCAAACGCACUGUCAAGGAGUUGUUUGUUCAUGGAAUUCCAUAUGAAUCAUCAGCAGAGACUUCUCCCCAUAUCAGUAAUAAUGGGGGCAAACUCAGCACCAAGUUUGACAGCAAAAUUCAGAAAACCCCAAGAUCAUCCUCUAUUUAUAAAGGAGUUAGGCGCAGGAAGUGGGGAAAAUAUGCAGCAGAGAUCAGAGACCCAAUUCGAGGGGUUCGAAUGUGGCUUGGUACUUAUAAUACUGCAGAAGAAGCUGCCAAAGCUUAUCAAACGAAGAAGCUCGAGUUUGAUACCAUUCUUGGAUCGGAGAAGCUUAAGAAUAAGCAUUCAUCACCUUCAAGUUCAGCUGUUACAUGCUCUUCAAGGCAGAAGCCAUCUUCCUCAGAAGAGACCAAUGGCUUAUUUUCUCAUCCCUCUCCAUCAUCUGUCCUGGAGAUCUCCCGAUCGGCUUCAAUUGGCUCUGGCAAUUCAGUUAAAGAAGAUGACAAUGCAAUGAGAAACGACAAAGAAGAGCAACCUAUUUCGUCUUUGACUGGCCCUGCCAGUUCAAUUACAGAAGAUAAUGCCAUGGAAGAAGACAAGGUUCCUGCUGCAUCCCUCUUGGAAGAGCCCUUGUUUUUCCCACCAUUCAAUCAAGAGCUUAACUUGGGUUUUGACGACAACUCUUUAUUUGGGAACAACUUUGAAGAAUUUUUCGAUGAUCUCGACAUGGAGGGUCUUCCAAUGUGCGGUUUUGAAGAUGGUGCAACAAAUGGCCUUCCCAACUUCGACUUUGAGCUGGACAAGGAAUUCGCAUGGGUUGAUGAAACCUUAAAUAUAGCCUGCCUCUAAGUUUUGCAGUUAGGAUAGAAUCAUAGUUUUAAGUUAUUCAUAGUUCAUUUGGAAAAUAAAAGAGCUCCAAAGCCAGGCGUGGAGAUCUUGAAGUUUUGCUUCUUUUGAGAGAGAGAGAGAGAAAAAGACGAAGAGUUCUUGGGUUUUUUGUCCGUGGCCUCAGAGCCGUCCAAGAUUUUCAACUCUUCCAAUGAGACCAUAGAGUGGUUUUUUGCUUCAAUCUUGAGUGAAAUGUGUUUGCAAACUCCAGCCAAUGAUAGCAAUAAAAGGCAGUAAAAUUUUGUAUUGGGAAA